AUGUCGCAAAAAACACACACCAACCUUUCCAAUGAUGACCGUCAUCAUCAUCAACAGCAUGUGGAAGACAACAUUACGCAAUCACGUUCACCACUCUAUCAGCAACAACAACAGCAGCAAUUACAAUUGCAACUGCAACAGCAGCAGCAACAAGACUCAUCAACAACGCCGCCAACAUAUUAUAAUUACAAUUACAAUUAUAAUCUACAGCAACAGCAGUUGCAGCAACAAUUAUUGCAGCAGCAACAUCAUCACCAACAACUGUACAAUCCAUUCUACAGUCAGCAACAUCUGCAGUCGGCAGCAACACCACCACCACCAUCGUAUUACCACAAAUCGUUGUUUGGCAGUAGCAUUAGUCCGGGCAGUUAUUUGGGCGAUACAGCAGCAACAGCGGGCUUUGGUUUGGGCCUAAGCGGACUGGGACUGGGAGGAUUAAGUGCAGGCUUGGGUGGAGGAGGAGGAGGUGUUGGUUACACCCCCUUAGGACGUAGCUAUCGUUAUUAUAAACAACACGCCUCAACAGGUCUCGGAGGCAAUAGCAGUUACAACGGUUAUUAUAGUUUAAGUUUCGGCGAGAGUUACUAUCCCUUUCAAUCGAGUGGCGGAGGAGGAGGAGUAUCAGGAGGUGGAGAUUAUUUUGGACGCAUAUCACCAGCGGCGGCUCAUACGGGACCUCUGCUAGCCACUUCGGUUUCAGAGCCUCGCAGUAGUUUACUAAAAUUACCCCCGCCACCACCACCACCAUUGCUGCCACCCCUAGAUGACGAUCUGCAAGUAAGCACUGAGCCCUACUUGUCUACCUAUUCGUCAAGGCCUAUAGAUUAUAUACCCUCACCACCGGCCUCCUUGCGCAGCGAUACUUACGCCUAUAGACCACGACGUCAACGUGAUACAGGCGGUCGUUAUUCAGCUACCGGUUAUUAUACUACCCGACAAAGAAGUCGUGGCUUUAGUCCCAUUAUAGACUGUGAUCGUUAUAGGGAUCGUGAAUUUGUGGGUCGCUCUAGAUUACGCACCAAUAGCUUGCAAAGUAACUGCAGUUUAGGGCGGUCUUCGUUUACGGCCAUCGAUCGUUUGUCACCCAUAAGAGUGGGUGCUUCGCCGCGUUCGUUGAGAAGAGAGAAAUAUUUAUCUCCUUGUGGGAGUCCUAAAUACAGCAGCAAAACGUCGUCCCUACAACCAGCCAACGCCCACGAAUCACAAUAUCAUACACAAGCAUACGAUACAUCAUCGUCCAAUACCGCCGGCGCUGGUACAGUAACAUCCAAAGCAUCAGCAUCAGCAGGCGCUUUAACACAUACGCCGCCUCAUUAUCCGCAUAAUACCUCCUCACAAACCUCCUCCAGCCAUCACCAACAUCAGCACUCACAUCAUCAUCAACAUUUGCCCAAAUUGGAGCAACCACAACCGUAUCAGCCCUACAACACCGAACAAACGCCCAGCAAUAGCACAUAUCACACGCAUAAAAGGACUCAUAAAACUUCUACAGAUCCUAGGGAUUAUCAUCAACAAACUACUCCCCAAAGACAACAGCAACAACAACAACAAUAUCACUAUCAGGAUCAACAACAACACCAGCAGCAGCAACAACAACAACACUUUCACACCACCAGCAGUACCAGCAACAUUUACUCCACACGCUCAACACCCGGAACGUCAUAG